AUGUCGCACCGGUACUCUGUAGAAGUCCUUCUUCUACUAAAAGACUCGCCGCUAUGCACCAAACCUCCAGGGCUUCCUCCUGCCGACGAGUGGAUGGGACCACCGCCAGAUACCUUUCGAAACCAGAACAAACCCACCACGGAGAGAGCCAAAACUUAUGACGGCGCCCUUCUUGAGCAGACAAACAAGCGCCCGGGCCAUGUGUCGCGGAACAGUGCCAACCCGGACGAUAUCAUCCUAGGACCACCCAAGACAAGUUUCAGCUCUUCGACAACGGUGCGGAACAACAGGCUGGGUGGCGAUAGCGAGCGAGGCUUCCGCGACCAGGAUUCUGGCGACAGGUUCAACUUCCGUUCUCGACCCGGCGACCAAUCGGACAACGGUAACGACCGCAGCGAUCGCUUUCGUGACGGUCGCGGCAGCAAUUUCCGUCGACGAGGCGAUGGCGAUCAGGAUAACGAGGGUUGGAGCACCGUGAAGCCUAGGAAGAGUUUCGGCCACGAAGGCGCUGAGCGUUUUCAUGGUCGCAUGGGCGGGGGCGAUAGGUUUACGCGAGAUGAUCGCCGUGUCCGCGAUAGAGAUGAGACCGACUCCACCAGGGAGCGUCCCCGACGGAACUUCGAUUCCCACACGCGAGACAACGAAGCCAACGACGGCGAGGGCAACAAGCGUAACGGCUUGGCAAGAGGAAGAUCCGAGCCCUGGUUCAAAGAUGGCAGCGGUGGCAACACUGCAUCUGAAAAUCGCCCACCCACCCAGCGUGAGCGCAUCGAUAAAGCGAAGAGCUGGCGCGAUCGCGAUCCAGACGACCGGCCCCAGAACAGCUACCGGGACAGGCAACACAACGAGAGGGGCCAAGAUAGGCGAUGGAACAGGGACCAAGACCAACGGAAUGAGCGCGAGCCUGAAUGGUUUGACGAACCUGCAGGAGAGAAGCAGGGUGGCCAUACUGAAGAAGAUUUCAAGAAGUUCAUGGAGAGCAUGAAGGCAAGAAAUGCCCCCAAGGUCGAAGAUCAAGUUGCCGAUUCUUCCAGCAAGUCUGGCCGGCCACAAGUCGAGUCCGCACCUGCUCUUGAGACGGGUCCAGAUCGAUUCUUCGAACAGUUCGCGCCCUCGAGUGGGCUCGAGGACAGCGCCCCUGGUAGUGACGGUCAAAAGGAUAGCUCAAAAGCCAAAACCGCCAAGUCAUCAAGAUUCACCUCCUUUUUCAGCUCCCAAGAGGAGACUCGCAGGCCGGCUGAACCUCCCGCCCCAAUGGCUGCCGCGCCAGCCCCUAACCCUGGCCUCAACGGCUUGCUAGCCGCCGCAGCUCAGUCGAACUCAGCCGAGAAGGAAGCGUUCCAGGUACUGCUCCAGAAGCUCCAACGCCAGACACUUCAGAGCGCGACUCCACCAAGUGCUACCCCAUUCGCCGAGCCACCACCUCCCCAAGGGCUCCCAGUCUCCCAGGAGAGCCGCCAGAAGAGUAACGUCGCCUCGCCGGAGCCAUACCGGCAGUACGGCGAGAGGCGGGACGACCCUCGCGGGCGUCAUUCUCAGCCAUCCUUCCCCGACCUUGCCGCACGUGGCCCGAUGCCUCCUCCACCUGCUCAGCCCAUGUCGGCACGCCAUCCUGAGCAGAUGCUCCAGGAACUCAUUGGGCAGCGUCAGCACGCGCCUAGCCAGGGCAGUGGUCGGUCCGACCAGAACGCGUCCAGCUCGCAGACAGAGUUUCUUAUGAAGCUCAUGCAGAGCCACCGCGCAGCACCUGCAGCGCCUCGGACUGAAGAGCUGCUUAUGCGAAUGCCUCAGCCGCAGAAGCAAGUGCACGUCCCGAAUCUGGCGGACCGGGACAGCGAGGCCGAUUACCAGCGAGAGCGCCCGAUGCCGCGGCAGAUGCGAUCCCAGGGCCCUCCUGGCUUGUUUGAGGACCAGUUCUCUCGUUCCGAAAACCUAGAUAGCCGCCCUCCCCAACCUACACAGAUCCUCCAGCGCCCACCGCCUCCAGGCCUGGAUCCCCAACAGCUGCACCAAAACUUUGGUCCCGGUGGCGCCCAGCUUCCCCCACCCCAACGGGGCCCUAUGAUCCCACCUCCUGGACUUGCCGGCAGCCGACCUAUGCCCGCUAUGUUCCCUCCGAAUUUCCCGCCUGGUGCCUUCCCGCCAGUUCCUCCAGAAGGCCUGGCUGGUCCACCACCUCCGCGCAACAUGCAGCCGCCUCCGGGCUUCUUUGGUGGCCCUCCUCCUCCUGGCCACCCGGGUCCUCCUGGUCCACCAGGCUUUAUGCCUCCUCCCGGUAUGGGUGGUUUCCCCGGAGGCCCUGAAGGCGUUCCGUUCCCCUUCGGUGGUCGCGGCAUGCCUCCCCCGGGAGCCGAUGCUGCCUUCCGCCGGCAGUAA